AGCCUGGAAAGCCGGAUGUAAUGGGAGCUGAAUAAAAAGGACAGAUGACCCCCUUUUCCUGUUUUCAGAGUUCUCCACUCAGAAUGGCUUCAGUGGCGAGAUCAGAGGUGGUAGAAGAAGAGGUGCCAGUGACGUCUGAGGCCCGUGAUCGUCCGUUGGAAUCAAGUGUCAGUCCCACGGAAGUGGUUGCCAAGUCAGCUUCUUCCCAGGAGGUGAAUCAAGAUGUUUCCAAGGAAAGAAUUCAUCCUGGGUCUAGCCCUGAAAAAUGGGCAAGUGGCGACCUCAGCCGCCAGGAAGGCCUUCAGUCACAGUUCCUGCACCUGUCCCCUCAAGAACCAUCUUUCUGUCGUCGAGCUAGGAGACAGUCCUGGCGGCGAUCAAGUAUGAAGGAAACGAACCGGCGGAAGUCCCUGGCCCCCUUUCACCAGGGCAUCACAGAGCUCAGCAGGUCCAUCAGUGCCAGCCUGACCGAGAGCAAGCGGCUCGGCUGUCUCCUGCGCUCCAGUUUCCAGUUCUCUGUUGAGAAGCUUGAACCUUUCCUGAAGGACACUGAGGGCUUCAGUCUGGAAAGUUUCAGGGUGAAAGCAUCUUCUCUUUCCGAAGAAUUAAAACAGUUCACAGACAGACUAGAAAGUGAUGGGACUCUGCAAAAAUGUUUUGAGGUUUCACAAGGAAAAAUGUCAGAUUUAUCUCUGGAGACUUCAGUGGCUGAGAUGAAGGAAUAUAUAGCAAAAUUUUCUUCAGAACGCCAGACGUGGGAUCAGCUCUUGCUGCACUACCAGAAGGAUGCUGAGGAGACGGUAUCCAGAGGAUCAACUGAAAGCAAAAUUACUGAAGUCAGAGUGGAUCCUGCGGCAUAUCUUGGGUCUUCGCAGAGUGAAGUUCUCAAUUCCAAACCUGACUACCAGAACAUCCUGCAGGAUCAAAACAGAGCUGUCGAUUGUGUAGAAUUGGUGCGCUGCCUGUGGAUCCCUGAGACUCCUCCACUCUCUGGCUUCAUGGAUGAACUGCAGGAUGUUCAGCUCACAGAGAUCAAGCCGCUUCUUAAUGACAAGAAUGGUACACGAAAUUUCCAGGACUUUGACUGUCAGGAGCAUGACAUAGAAACAACUCAUGGUGUGGUCCAUGUGACUAUAAGAGGCUUACCAAAGGGAAACAGACCAGUUAUACUGACAUAUCAUGACAUUGGCCUCAACCAUAAGUCCUGUUUCAAUGCAUUCUUCAACUUUGAAGAUAUGCAAGAGAUCACGCAGCAUUUUGCUGUCUGUCAUGUCGAUGCGCCUGGCCAACAAGAAGGGGCACCCUCCUUCCCAACAGGGUACCAGUACCCAACGAUGGAUGAGCUGGCUGAAAUGUUGCCUUCAGUUCUGACCCACUUAAGCCUGAAAAGCAUCAUUGGGAUCGGAGUUGGAGCUGGCGCUUACAUCCUCAGCAAAUUUGCACUCAAUCACCCGGAACUUGUAGAAGGCCUGGUGCUCAUCAACGUGGACCCAUGUGCUAAAGGCUGGAUUGACUGGGCAGCCUCCAAACUCUCGGGAUUGACAACCAAUGUUGUGGACAUUAUUCUGGCGCAUCACUUUGGGCAGGAUGAACUACAGGCCAACCUGGACCUGAUUCAAACCUACAGACUGCAUAUUGCCCAAGAUAUCAACCAAGAAAACCUACAGCUUUUCCUGGGUUCCUACAAUGGACGCAGAGACCUCGAGAUUGAAAGACCCAUCCUGGGCCAAAGCGAUAACAGAUCAAAAACGUUAAAGUGUUCUACGUUAUUGGUGGUAGGAGAUAGUUCACCUGCUGUUGAGGCUGUGGUUGAAUGCAAUUCCCGCCUCAACCCUGUAAAUACAACUUUGCUCAAGAUGGCAGACUGCGGGGGACUGCCCCAAGUGGUUCAGCCUGGGAAACUCACGGAGGCCUUCAAGUACUUUUUGCAGGGAAUGGGCUACAUCCCGUAUGUGCAGCUCAGUCACCUGAGCACCGAGUCAGUCCCAUCCGCCAGCAUGACCCGGCUCACCCGCUCGCGCACCCACUCCACCUCGAGCAGCCUUGGCUCUGGAGAAAGCCCCUUCAGCCGCUCAGUCACCAGCAGUCACUCCGAUGGGACUCAGGAAUCCUGCGAGUCUCCUGACGUCCUGGACAGACAGCAAACCAUGGAGGUGUCCUGCUGAGCAGAGGUUCCUCCCUGGACCCCGCAAGGCCAUCCCCUUCAGAUGACCGCUCCAUAAUAACACGACACCCCCACAAGCUGGCCUCUCCUCUCUCUAACUCAUGCAUGGCCACUGAA